UCACACACAACUCAAUUCCGAUCUCUGCUUUCCUUUCUUCUCCUCAACCCGAAAAAAAUAUCUGCCAGCCAACCCUAAUCCAACCCAACCUCAGAAAUGGCACCCAAGGCAGAGAAGAAGCCCGCGGAGAAGAAACCCGCCGAGGAGAAGAAGACGGUGGCCGAGAAAGCCCCAGCGGAGAAGAAGCCCAAGGCCGGCAAGAAGCUCCCCAAGGAAGGAGGCGCCGCUGCCGCCGACAAGAAGAAAAAGAGGAACAAGAAGAGCGUGGAGACCUACAAGAUCUACAUCUUCAAGGUCCUGAAGCAGGUCCACCCAGACAUCGGGAUCUCCAGCAAGGCGAUGGGGAUCAUGAACUCCUUCAUCAACGACAUCUUCGAGAAGCUCGCCCAGGAAUCCUCCAGGCUCGCGAGGUACAACAAGAAGCCCACCAUCACCUCCAGGGAGAUCCAGACCGCCGUCAGAUUGGUGCUGCCCGGAGAGCUCGCCAAGCACGCCGUGUCUGAAGGGACCAAGGCCGUCACCAAGUUCACCAGCUCUUGAAUUCGUUAGGGUUUCGGUCUGUUGGGGAAGAAUUGGGGACUGAGCGGCUUGUGUAUGUUUGUAUCUGGGUAGGAUUAGGGUUCUAGAUUUAUGCUUGUCUGCUACUGUUUGCGGUAUGUGUUGCAGUUUAACUUUUGAAUUUGUAGCUUGGAUCAGCUCGAUCAAGGCUGUGUUCUCUGGAAUUAUUAACUGAAAUACACUAUCGGUUUGGUUGUGUUCAAUUUCACAGAGAUUCAACGAACUAUCUUCUCCCUUUUCAUUUUUUUCAUAAGAUUCAACCAAACAAGUAAUAACCUUUUAACUGUUAA